AGAAGAAGGAACCGGAAGCGGAAGUAAACACGCGCUUCUCCGGUUCCUUGUUGAUGAUUCCUAAAUAAAGAAGAUGGAACAUUUAAGGACAAUGGGCGCAUUUAAACUGAUUAUUGCUGCUUUAUUUUACAGCUGUGUAAGCAGCAGUUCAGUGGAAAGGAAGAUUUAUAUUGUACUGAAUGAUACGGUACCAUGUGUUCGACUGCUGAACGCCACACAUCAGAUCGGCUGUCAGUCAUCUAUAUCAGGAGACACAGGUGUUCUUCAUGUGCUGGAGACUGAAUCAGACCUGGACUGGAUUCUCAAUACAGGACCACAUCCUCCCUACAUGGUUGUCAUGGAGACGGCUUUCUUUAAUAGAUCCGUCAUGUUGAGAAUGAAGAACUCAUCCAGGGUGGCUGGGGUCGCUGUUAUUGUCUCAAAAACAGGCCCUGCUGAUGGAUUCUCACCUCACACGACCUGUCCCAACCAGAAUACAGGUGUGUAUUCUGGAAGUUAUGGGCCUCAGUAUACAGACUGUAACGUCACCGUGUGGAAUCCUCUGGGGAACGGACUGUCCUACGAAGAAUUCGGUUUCCCUGUGUUUGCUCUGAAAGACGAGAAUCAAACAGAGGUCAUUCGAAAGUGUUAUGAGGAUCAUAAUGCACGCAGCAAUGGAAGCGCCCCUCAGUACCCACUGUGUGCCAUGCAGUUGUUUUCACACAUGCACGCUGCGACCGACACCGUCACGUGCAUGAGACGCACGAACCUCCAGACCAAAUUCAGCAUCAACCCAGAGGCUCUCUGUGAUCCUUUAAAUGAUUUUAACGUCUGGUUGUCCACAAAACCCCUCAACAACAGUGCCAAGGGUCAUCUAGAAAACGAGAGUUUCGUCAUCGCCGCGGCCAGACUUGACGGAAGGUCGUUUUUCUGGGAAAAGGCUCCAGCAGCCGAAGGCACCGUGUCCGGUAUCGUCACCCUGCUGGCUGCGGUUCAGGCUCUCUAUCCUGUCACUCAAGAAGCCCCGCCUCCUCGAAAUAUUUUCUUCACUUUCUUCCAAGGGGAGGCCUUCGACUACAUCGGCAGCUCCAAGAUGGUGUAUGACAUGCAACACAAUGAGUUUGUUAUGGACUUGAAGAACAUUGACUCUAUGCUGGAGAUCGGACAGGUGGGGUUAAGCAGUGGGCGGGACUUGUGGAUGCACUCUGACCCCGUAUCCCGCAAGAACAGCAGUACUGUAGAGGAAGAGGUGUCGGCUCUCAUGAAAAACAUGACGUCUGUAGCUGCUGAUCUCAAUCUGAAACUGGCUGAGCCAGAUGUUACUCAAGCUUUACCGCCUUCCUCAUUCCAGCGCUUUCUGCGAGCCAGACAGAUCCCAGGACUCGUGCUGACAGACCACCAAUCAGCUUUCACCAAUAGAUACUACGAGAGUUUGUACGACACCGCUGUCAAUCUGAACUUGACGUACCCUGACGGUCUGAGUCCAGAUGAGCAGAUGCGCUAUGAGACCGAUACAGCCAAGUCUCUCACUGAUGUGGCCACAUUGGUCGCUCGCACACUUUACCGACAGGCCGGAGGAGAAGAGAAAAUGUUAAAAAAUAUCACUGCUGACCCAAAAACUGUUGCUCAGUUGCUGUAUGGUUUUCUGGUUCAGAAGAACAACAGUUGGUUCAGGUCUUUGCUGCAUCCAGACGUAACUAAGAAAGGCAGCUCAUUGUUAGCUUCUGGACCUCCUCAGUUCUACAUCGGUCUUGGUCCGAGGAGUCACGGGUCGGUUCACAGCGUGACGAAGUUCGUGCAGUAUAUUCUGGCUAACCUGACGGGAACCGUGACAAACCUGACGGAGACCCAAUGCCAGAACCCCAGCGAUGUCAGCACGGAAAAUAAAGAUUUGUAUUCGUAUUUGUGGGUCUCUGGUGCGUCCUCUGAUAACAGCAGCGCUGAAGCGUUCUGUGUGCGGGCGUCCGUUCGUCUGUCUAAAGCCAUCUCGCCGGCCUUUGAACUGCUGGAGUACGGCUCUAGAGAUUAUUCCACGUGGACGGAGUCUCGCUGGAAGAGCAUCAAAGCUCGAGUUUUUCUCGUGGCCAGCCGACAGCUAGAGAUGUUAACGCUGGGGGUGGGUGUGGCUGUUUUGCUGUUGUCUCUGUUGGUGACGUACUUCAUCACCUCGAAGGCGGAGCUUUUGUUUAGUGCUGCCCGUGAAGCGCCCGCAACGACCUACUGAACCCAACCAAAGUCCAGAUUCUACAGUGAUACAUUCCCCUUUAACAGAGAAAGACUUGUGCACUGGAGUGACACACAAACACACACACACACACACACACACACACACACACACACACACACACACACACACACACACACACACACACAAACACAAACUCGCACAAAUUGAGUUCAACAAUAAUUUAUUCACUGCUCACAGAUCAAACUAAAAUAAAACCACAUAAAGAUUUGCUGCAUUGGUUUAAGCUGGGCCGGUCUGAACUGGUCUGGUUUUAACUGGGCUUGUCAGAACUGCUCUUGGUUUUAGCCGGUUUGUUCAAAACUGGUUUGGUUUUAGCUGGUCUGAUCUGAACUGCUUUGGUUUUUAGCUAGGGUGGUCCAAAAUGUCCUGGUUCUACCUGGACUGGACUGGUCUAGUAUUAUCUGGGGUGAUCCAAACGGGUCUGGUUUUAGCUAGGUUUGUCUGGUCUGGUUUUAGCUAGGCUGGUCAAAAUUGAUCUGGUUUUACCUGGUCUGGUUUUAGCUAGGCUGGUCAGAACUGGUCUGGUUUUAGCCGGUCUGUUCUGAACUGGUCUAGUUUUAGGUGGGCUGGAACGAACUUGUCUAGUGUCCUGUUGUUCAUAUUCUUUUGUUAUGUUUUUUAUAAUGAUCAAUGUUUUCUGACUAUAACAUGAUUGUCGCACAGACUUAAAAAGCUGAUUUUAAAUGUUUAACAUUGUGUGUGUGUGUGUGUGCUGUGUGUGCGUGUUUGUGUGCGUGUGUCUGUGUGUGCGUGUUUGUGUGCGUGUGUCUGUGUGUGUGUGUGUGUAUGUGUGUGCGUGUGCGUGCUUGUAUGCAGUGAGUAUGUGCAAUAGCUUUGUGAGUUUGACAUUAAUAUUUUGGGUUUGGGAAUGUAAUCCGGUCCGUUCAGUAGGAUCUGAGCGAGCCGUCUGAUGCGACUACACAGUAAAACUCCAAACACUGACUUUACUUUGACUUUUGUAUCAUUUUUCCAGUUGAGAGAUUGGAGAUUUAAAAAUCGAAUGAUUAAUGAUAUGCAGCAUUAUUUUGUUGAGAUGAAUGAAAAGCUUCUUUAAACAAUGAUGUCAUUAUUUUCUCUGAGAAAUUCAUGCCUUGAAAAAACUGAAUAAACGUGACUUCUUUUCCAAA